GGCGCGAAUGCACGGAAGUUGAGAUUGUUUUUUUACUUCAACGUAGAAGAAGAGCUACUAAGUUAAAACGCUUUCAGGAGAGCAGCGGACCUGCCUCAGAUCAUGUGAUGAUGAUGCUGAACCACGUGGGUGCCCUUAAGACGUGGCUGAAGACUUCCUACUGUGUCACAGUACCUGAGGAUUGGCUGGAAGCAUGUCUGGAAUGGAUUCAAGAAGAAAAUCCUGGAUCGGAUGUAAGUCUACAGUCUCUGAAGAACCAGGUGUACGAACAGUGGCUCAUGUCGGACUUACGUGAGUUGAAGAUGGGUUGUCUCCCUUUGGAGCUGCUGGAGGCGCGGAAGAUCGAGAUCAGCGGCAUAUUUGCAUUACAAAUUGAUUCAGCAGUGAAUGUAGGGAGUUCCUUCUACUCCCAAGGCCAGAAGAUAAAGGGUACAGAAAACCCCAAUGCACAAGUAUCAGGGGAGGACACCAGACAGCCAGCAUGGGAACCCAAGCCAACGCGCAUGAUAGUUCUCAAACUGACCGAUGGAGUGUCCGAUGUCAAGGGGAUGGAGUACAAGCCUGUUGCAGCACUCACACCCUUCAUCACUCCGGGGACUAAGAUGCUGGUCAAGGGCCAAGUGUUGUGUCGCCAUGGGAUGCUGAUGCUGGGGCCGGAGAAUGUCCAGAUCCUGGGGGGUGAGGUGGACAGUCUGGUGGAGACCCACACCCCUGAGGCAGUGCUGGCUGCAGCGAUGCAGGCUGGGCAGACCAGUGAGGGGAAAAGCGAGAAACAAGAGUUUUCUGGCCGCAUGCUGAGUAAAGGGGAGGACAAGAAAGGCGUGGCACACAUGCACCACCCUGGGACAACAUCUCGAUCAGCUCCAGGGUUUAAACAAGAGACUAUCAAGAGAGAGGCAGCACAGCAGAGUACACAGCAGUACAAUUCAACCAGAAAUAUGUCAGUGGGCAGACAGGGAAACCCCACCGCGCAUCAGUCCAGUGGGAAAAGGGAAAUGGCUGAUCCUGAUGAUUGGGGGGAUGAUUUUGACUACGAUGCUCUCAUGGCUGACAUGGAAGACGAGGGAACAGCACAGACAACCACAGGAGGACAUCAGCCAGCGCAUCAUAUAAAGACCGAGCCUCCCAGCCAACAGCAGACGUCUGCUGGGAGGCCAACCAAUCAGACUGAUCACAUGGGCAUUGGGGAGGAUGUGUUUAUGGACGACUUUGAUGAUGACUUUGACAUUCAGACAUCUUUUUCCCGGACAGUUAAGCAAGAGGUUAAACAGGAACCAGUAAGUCAACAUUCAAGAACAAUGACGACUAGCGGAGUUGACCAAGACAGGAAGAUGGAUGCAGACAGACCCAAUCAGAGCAUCUUACAAAACAGAAAGCAAACUGUUUCUAGUUCGACAGGAAUAGACCCCCAGAGAGGGAAGAAUGAGCUUAGAGAGAGACUUGAAACAGGACAGGUUGGGUUAGGAAUCAUCACUGCACAAAACAGACCUACAAGACAGCCCAAUAAUGAUAGAAAAUCAGGGUCGGCAUAUGUUGCUGAUGAGGACUUCGGGGAAGAUUUUGACUUUGAUGUUUGUGAUGUUGAUGCAAGUAAGACUUUGAACUCAUUCACCGGUGUACAGGCAAAGAGGAUGAGAUUUGACAGCCCUGCUGAAGACCAACAGAAAAACUCAGAAACCAUGUACACUAAGCACAAGGUGAAGCCCUGUCCUGAAGAUGGCCAGGUGUGUAAUAAGACUGAUGUUCCCAAAGCUGUAAUCCAUCCGUUUUCCAAUCUGACAAAAAUGAAAACAGUUGGUUCGGCCACUCCUGUCCAAUCAAAUCAGGGAAGUAGAAGUGCCUCAAGGAACCAAGGACAGUCUAGGAUGGAUAGAUUCCUCGGAGGGGGAUCAAGUCCGAGCCAAUCAGCUCCUCCUGUAGAGGGAAACUUCAUGUAUCUUUCAGAGAUCCUCAGUACAAUGCCAGUCACGGAAACCAAGGAGUUUCUAAUCAAGGGUUAUAUCUCCACCUUGACAAGCAAGUUGACCAGCUGCCAGGGCAAGACCUGGAGUCUCUCCUGCAAGGUCAACGAUGGUACAGCAGCCCUCAAUGUUGACCUCGCAAACAGCGUCCUGACGAAGUUGAUAGGAUUCUCAGCAGAAGACAGCGUUGUAAUGAAACAAAGAGCAAAGAGGGAUCCAACAGUCAAAGAAGUGCUAACAGAGGGAUUGCAGCAGUGUCAGCAGCAACUCACUGAUCUUUCCAGUCUGAUGAAGAUCCAGUUCCAGCCUCACCAGCCCAAACCAGUUCUCUGCCAGAUUAUUCCAGUUACAACUUGUCAUGCCCACUGUCUGUACAAUCAAAUCAUCAACAAAAAAUGGAUAAAAAGAUAAUAAAGGUUUUCAAAAUGA